UCAAUUGGUCAUUCACUAGCUGACAACCAAGCAAACCCAACCAACUUAAUCAACAUGUUCAAAUUCUUCGCCGUCUGCUUCUUCGCUGUUGUGGCUGUGGCUAGCGCCAAGCCUGGCAUUGUGGCUCCUUUGGCUUACACCGCACCCGCUGUUGUUGGCAGCGCUGCUUAUGUGGCGCCCUAUGCCUCCAGCUACACUGCUCACCACGUUGCCCAUAGCGCUGCCUUCCCAGCUGCCUACACCGCACCAGUUGCCGCCGCCUACACCGCUCCAGUUGCCGCCGCCUACACCGCUCCCGUUGCUGCCGCCUACACCGCUCCAGUUGCCGCCGCCUACACUUCUCCCCUUGCCGCUGCCUACACCGCGCCCUUCGCACGCUAUGCUGCCGCUGCUCCUUUCGCCUACAACGCACCAUUCGAUGCUCCCUAUGUCGCUCGCCCUUAUGCCGCCGCUCCUCUGCUGCUGAAGAAGUAAGUCCACUCAGCAUUCCCAAUGCGAGCAAUUGAUGCGCCAUGUGCCGUCGUGUGUACCUGGUCUAGCAUUCACUUGUCCAUGCCUACAAA